UCGACUCGCGUUAGGGUUUUCUUUUGUUCCGGUACCGUGUCCUCUCAUUUCUUACUCCGUCGCGUCUCUUCUCGGAGAGGAAACCCAGAGGACGAAGGGGAGGUCGGGGGCUGAGUCCACGACGCGCGUCUGUCGAGGAGUUGAAUACAAGCAUUGAAGAGAUGUUUUUCAUUGUCAGAAAACAAUUUGGGGUUUGACAGUUCCGAAGCUGGAAUUUAGUCAAGCUUUCGGCAUGGCAACAGCUGAGGCGGCUGCAGGUUCACUGGGUCCACAUUAUGCCCCUGACGACCCAACACUCCCAAAGCCGUGGAAAGGUUUAGUCGAUGGUAAUACUGGCCUUCUGUACUACUGGAAUCCAGAAACUAAUAUCACACAGUAUGAGAGACCUGCUUCGUCGGUACCUCCGCUGCCACCUGGUCCUCCCCCCUCGGCUUCUGUGCCAAAGUUGGCCCCAAUUCCCAUGGCUGGUAACCUCCCUCCCAAUGGCACUGCCUUGCAGCAAGGCACCCAGCAGAUUGUUCAGCAAGCUGCCCUUCCAGCACAGCAGCAGCAACAGCCCAGCCAACACUUAUUUCAACAGCAGCAGCAACAAUCGAGUCAACAACUUCCAGGUCAGCAGCCUGGUCCCCAAGCACUGCUACCAAAUGCCCAGCAAAUACCAAUUCAGCAGCCACACCAUUCUACAAAUCAGCAGAUGACACAGCAGCAGACAUCUCGACAGUACAUGCAAAUUCAGUCUCAGCAUGCUCCAUACCAGCAUGUUUCUUAUCUUCAAGGGCCAUUACUGCCGCCUUCCCAGGUUCAACAACAACAGGGAUUUCAAUUUUCUCAUCAGCAGGGACAGGAACCUCAAGGACCACAAAUGACAUAUCAGCCGGGGCAACAACCACAAAGUUUGCAAAUCCCGAAUCAGCAACAUCCGAAGGAGUCUCUGACCUUGAAUCAGCAAGGUCAGCAAACACAUGGGCUGCAGAUCCCACUAUCACAGGGGCUUCCAAUUUUGUCUCAGCAAACCCACCAUGGUCUACAAGUUGGACAACAGCAAGGUCGCCAGUCACAGGGCCUUCAGGCUGGAAGCCAACUAGUGCAACAGCCACAAGGACAGCAACCCAGAUUCCCCUGGGUGGAGGAUGCACUGCAUCAAGAGGGGAAACAGGGUUCCCUUUCUUCAUCUGGCAUUGCAUCUUCUAGUCAUCACCUGCCAGGUUUAGUUCCUCAGGUCAGCAUUCCAUCAGUGGGUGGCCGACCACCUCAGUCACCUAAUCAACUUGGUGGAUCUGUGCAAAAUGUUUCAUCAAGUCAGGUGGGAAUAGAUACAAGCUACGGUAAACAACAGCAAGCAGGCUCUGCUGUCCCCAGUCCAAUGGGGCAUCCAGUGGUUCAUCCUCCCAUUGGAGGAAAAGUUGCGUAUGAUGAGGAUGAACAUGAAUUUUAUCCUUCUAGCAGAAUGGAAAGACCGAUGAUGUAUCCUCAUCAACCAAAGCUCGCUGCUAUUCCCCUUCCACAAAGACAGCCUGAUGGAGGUAUCCGACCCCAGUUUGACCUACCUAGUCUUUCAGGCGGAAUGAGUAUGGGUCCACAACAUGCACUGCCAAAUAUGUAUGGUCGUUCUGCCUUUCCUAAUUCAGGUAUCUUGGGACCAUCACAAGUAGGGUUUGGCUCAUCAGAUUUUUCAGAUGUUUCUGCAGCUGAUGCAUAUCGGCAGCACCAUGAAGUUACUGCAAUGGGCAACGAUGUUCCUCCACCAUUUAUGACAUUUGAAGCCACUGGCUUUCCUCCAGAGAUUCUUCGGGAGAUGCAUCUGGCUGGAUUUUCAUCUCCAACACCUAUACAAGCACAAACAUGGCCAGUUGCUCUACUGAAAAGGGACAUAGUUGCCAUUGCCAAAACUGGUUCAGGGAAGACACUAGGAUAUCUUAUUCCUGCAUUUAUUCAUCUGAGACGAUGUCGAAAUAAUCCUCAAUUUGGUCCAACCGUGUUGGUUUUGGCUCCAACUCGUGAGCUUGCUUCACAAAUACAAGAUGAGGCUUUUAAAUUUGGCCGUUCUUCGAGGAUAUCUUGCACUUGUCUGUAUGGAGGAGCUCCAAAAGGGCCGCAACUUAAAGAAAUUGAACGAGGAGCAGAUAUUGUAAUCGCAACACCUGGUCGCCUCAAUGAUUUUCUUGAGAUGAAGAAGAUUAGCUUUUGUCAAGUUUCUUUGCUGGUCCUUGAUGAAGCAGAUCGCAUGCUUGAUAUGGGUUUUGAGCCCCAGAUUCGGAAGAUUGUGAAUGAGAUCCCUCCGCAAAGGCAAACUCUCAUGUAUACAGCAACUUGGCCAAAGGAAGUGAGAAAAAUAGCCAGUGAUCUACUGAGGAAUCCUGUUCAGGUUAACAUUGGCAGUGUUGACGAGCUUGUUGCAAACAAGUCCAUCACACAGCAUGUGGAGGUGGUCACCCAGAUGGAUAAACAAAGACGCCUAGAGCAGAUUCUUAGAACUCAAGAACGUGGAUCCAAGGUCAUCAUUUUCUGCUCCACAAAAAGGCAGUGUGACCAGCUGGCCCGCAGCAUUGGACGAACUUUUGGUGCUGCUUCCAUUCACGGUGACAAGUCUCAGGGUGAGAGAGAUCAUGUUCUAUACCAGUUUCGCACUGGCAGGGCACCAGUUUUAGUUGCUACUGAUGUUGCUGCCAGGGGACUUGACAUCAAGGACAUCAGGGUGGUUAUCAAUUAUGAUUUUCCUACAGGGAUUGAGGAUUAUGUCCACAGGAUUGGAAGAACUGGGAGGGCUGGGGCUACAGGAGUUUCAUACACAUUCUUCACCGAUCAGGACUGGAAGUAUGCAACUGAUCUUGUAAAAGUCCUCGAAGGUGCAAACCAGCGUGUCCCACCUGAGAUCCGUGAAAUGGCUGGUCGUGGUGGGCCCCUUCUCUCUAGGCCUCGUGAUGGAAUAAACCGUUGGGAUUCAGGCGGUGGUGGCGGCGGUGGCAGGUGGAGUGCUGUAGGUGGUCGUGGCAUGAGGGAUGGUCCUCCUGGUGGCUUCAGUGGGCGUGGUGGUAGGCAAGAUUUCUAUGGUGGGCGUGGACCUAGAGGCCGUGGGUUUGGUGGACCUGGUGGGCCUGGAGGUCGUGGCCGGCAUGACCGUGGUCCUAACGACCGAUAUGUUAACUCGGAUGGGCGAAACCGGUCUGACGGUCGUAGGGGGUUUGGAGAGAGGGGUAGGGAAAGAAGUUAUAGCCGUAGCCCGGAGAUGGUUCGCACAUGGGGUUACGAUAGAAGCAGAAGUGCAAGUAGGAGUAGGAGCAGUAGCAGGAGCCGCAGCCGGAGCCGGAGUAAGAGUUGGUCACCAAGAAGUCGGAGCAGGAGCAGGAGCCAGAGUCAGAGCAGAAGUUAUGAUAGGGUUAAGAGGCGUAGUGGAUGGGACUGCAGACCCUCCCCAGUUCCUGCAGCUGCUACUGCCCCCUUUGCAACAUCUGGUUCUGAACCUCCAACUGCAGCUGCAACUGGAGGUCCAUGUAUUGUCGAACCUGAACCCGUGGCUGGGCAUCAAGGGCCUGCGCCUGUAGUAGGAUUUGAACCUGGUUUACCUCUGUCAGGUGAUAUGUCACCAAUGUCACCAGGCCAAGGCAACGGAUCUUUGUAUGGAAAUGAGCCGCCGGAGCAAACUUAGGGAGGAGGCUUUUAAGGUUGGGGAAUCAGGUGAUGUUGACUGGAAAACUGCUCAAACCAUGGAUUUAGAUUUUUACCUUGAGGAAGCUAGGGAGGGAGCUUUCGGUGGUUGAUUGAUACCGUACGGUUACCUGCAUUCUAUUGCUGUUGCUACUAAAGAAAAAUGCACUUUACACUGGGAUUCAGAUUAUUCAGAGUUUUAAGUUGAGCGAUCCUUGUGGUAUUUUUGUCACUAGAAUUGCAAGAUGAGAUGCUUUUAAUGUAAAAGCCCUUUCUUAAGUAAAAGCUAUCCUUAUGGUAACUUUUUUUGGAAUUAGAAGUGUACGAUGACAUGUUUUUGAUGUACAAGUUUUCUACCAUGUGAUGCUUUUGGACGCC